UGAUUAAAGUUAUAGCAGAGAAGCAAUACAGCCGAGGUAGCCCUCAGCCGCCUAGUUCCCUGAAGCCUGCCCUUUAUUUUUCUAAAGAUGAUGUCAUAGAUGUCGUUUCAAAGUAUGAUGAUAACUGGUGGUUGGGCAGGCUGCAUGGAGAGGAGGGUUAUUUUCCUAAAGCUUUUGUGAAAGAAAAGAAACCGGUUCCAAAGGUGGGCCUGGAGGAAGCAGGCUUCAAUUUGCAGCAAAAUGGGAUGAAGAGAGUGACAGGGGAAGCUGCUGGUGCUGCUGUAGGGUCAUUUUCAGUGUCGCCCAGCAACACUCUGAAAAAGAGAGAGGUUCAGAGUUUUCCCUCUCAGAUGUGGUAUGAAGGAGUCAGUCUCUCUCUCCCCCCUCCUGCUAUGCCCUCUAACAGAUGUCAACAGUUUGGUUGUUGA